AUGCCCGGGCGGGUGGACCGCGAGGGGGAGGUGGCCACAGCCUCCACGCUGUCGCGGAUGAUCUCGGCGGUGCCGGUGACCCCCGGGGGCCCGGCGCGGUUUCUGAUCUUCGACAUCCACGCGCUGCAGAUCCGGUUUUACUUCCAAGACAGCAUUCUGCCGGUGCUCCUCUCCGCCAUGCCGCUGCUGCUGAAUCUCUUGAAGACGCGCUUUGCGUCCGAGGCGGUGGCGGUGGCCUUCCCGGACGAGGGCGCCAAGAAGCGCUUCGGGGGCUUCUUCGAGAAAGCGGGGUAUCCGGUCCUUUUCUGCAGCAAGGUCAGGGAAGGCGAUAAGCGUGUGGUGCGCGUGGCCGAAGGGGACCCCAAAGGCAAGCACGUCUUUAUCGUGGACGACCUUUGCAACACAGCCGCGCUUGGAUUGACAGCGGCGCUGGGGCUCGGGCUGGCACUGGUGCUGGCGCUGCUGCGACGCCAGCCAGCGCGCCGCGGCGCAGUCAGCAGAAUGCCCGCGGGGUCGCCCUCGGUGUGGGUCGCCGUCUUCUCCCGGCGCUCGGAUGCCGCGGCGCGCGCCAAGACCCGCGCCAUGUGGCGCGGAGCCUGCGGGGUGGCGCGCUUCGCGGUGUGCCGAGGAGCAGACGAGGAGGGUUUGGUCGAGGAGAACCGCCGCUUCGGGGACCUGCUUUUGCUGGACUGUCCAGAAGGCUACGGCGAGGGGUUUUUGGUGCAGAAGCUCUGGGCAGCCUUGGAGGCCUUUCUGGCGGAUGAGUCGGAGAUCUUCAUGAAGGUGGACGACGAUUCCUUCGUGGCCUGGAGCCGCUUGUGCGGGCACCUCACGGGUCUCGGGCCGCCUGUGGACUUCUUAUACGCCGGGGUGCCGGACAUGGUGAACCGCAGCGACUGGUGGUUCAACAGCUCAGAAAGCCCCAACUUCGACCCAUGGGAGAAUUGGCCAUACGACUUCUACCCCUUCCACAUGGCAGGAGGCCCGGGGUAUCUGCUUGGCCGGUCCUUGGCUGCCGCGGUGCGUCACUUCAAGGAACCCCCCAUGUCCUGGAACGAGGACAAGGCCAUGGGCAUCGCGGUGAGCCGUGCCAGAGAGAGCGGGCUGCCUGUGCGGCACGUGUACCUGCACAUGGACGACGGGGAGACGGAGUCGGUGUUCCGGGGCCCCUGGAGCGAGUAUCCCUUCCUCUCGCAGCAUCAGCUCUCCGCAGAGUCCAUCGCCUGCAUGCAGAAGUUGGAGACCUCGGACUCCGGGCGCGUGGAAGAGUGCUACCUGCUCACAGCUUGGCUGCGGGAGUUAUUGGAGGAUUCGUGA